AUGCAUAAUUAUCGGCUGUUCGCCAUUAAAGAUCUUGGGGAUCUAAGCUAUUUUUUGGGUUUAGAGGUUCUUUACACUGACAUUGGUCUUUUCCUUACACAAGCCAAGUAUGCCACUGGUAUACUUCUUCGUGCUAAGCUAUAUGACUCUAAACCCGUAAGCACCCCACUGGCUCCACACGAGUCCUUUACUGUUCAUGGGACGCCAUUCUCGGAUCCCACGUUAUAUCGAUCAUUAGUCGGGGCUUUACAAUACUUAACGAUUACUAGACCAGACUUGUCUUACGCAGUGAAUCAACUCUCUCAGUUUCUCCAAAAUCCCACUAUUGAUCACUUCAGGGCAGUGAAGCGUCUUCUUCGCUAUAUUAAAAGGACCCUUUCCUUUGGUCUUACUUACAGCCACCCACACAAACCUUGUGUCAUUGGUUAUUCUGAUGCCGAUUGGGCGCGUUGUCUGGACACCUGUCGGUCAACUUACGGCUAUUCCAUUUUUCUUGGUGGGAAUCUAGUGUCUUGA